UUUUUGUUUUACCAACUCGGUCCGCCCCUGAGCGCUCGCGACUAAGUGAAGGCUAAGAUAUUUUCUCAUAAUACAUUUUCAUUGCUCCGAUACGGCGAAAAAGUCGAUAUCCAACAGUUAGAGAUCAAUUGAAGGACCUAUUUUACUUUGUCAAAGCCUUCCUUCUACAUAUGUCUGCUAGAUGAACGCUAGCGAUUAAGCGAAGAUUCAUAUGAGAUCUCCUAAUUCCUCUUUAUUUCUCCGAUGUGAGAAAAUCGAUUAGAUGAUUUAUCUUACUUGAUUCUCUGUAGAUUCAGUUGAAGAAGUUCGUUUUUUUUUACGACUGGUUUAAAUAUUUUCAAACGCAUGAAAUGACCAUCAAUUUAAGUAUAAGUGGAUCACGCAAAAUUUUCAGAAGAGCGCAAUAAUGACAACUCAAGCAAAUCAGCAUUCUGCUGAAACUAUUGCACUCUCUUUUGUGGAACAAUAUUAUCGCAUUUUAGAUAUGCUUAUCGACCAGUCUCAUCGAUUUUACAAGGAUAAUAGUGUCCUAAGUUGGCCUCAGCAUGAUGGUGAAAUUAAAUCAGUGACGACUUCUGAAGGCAUAAAGGAAUUUAUCAUUUCAUCUCACUUCAAAGAUAAUAAGGUGGAAGUCAUAACUAUAGACUCCCAAGUAUCUGCUGCUCAAGGUGUUCUUGUGGUGGUUACAGCAUGCUUGAUAGGGCAAGAUAACUCGAGGAAAAGUUUCUCUCAAACCUUUUUCCUUGCUCCACAGGAGAAAGGAUACUAUGUGUUGAACGAUAUUUUUCGAUUUGUUGGCGUAGAGAAAUCUUCAGCAAUGGUUGAGGAGAUGACUGAUGAAAAUAUUUCAGUUGCUUCUUUGGAACCAGUUUCUCUGAGCAAAGCCACAGAUAAUGUCAAAGUUGACGUUAAGGAAGUUUCUGAAAAAUCAGAGCCAGUUGAUGAGACAAUCUCAGUCAUUGAGAAUCAGACUCCUAAAGUUAGCUAUGCUUCAAUGGUAAAACAGGGCAGAUCUUUACCGCCUAAGAAUGCUCCAUACGAGAUUGUAAGGGUAGUUGCCGAUGUUGAUCUCCCAUCAGCAUCUAAAAUAUCUCAAUGCAAUGCUAAGGAGCUGAUUUCUAAUUCGAGUGGUGUGUCAAAAGCCGCAGCUCAUUUAACCGGUGCUGCACAAGAAAAUAAUUCCGAUGAUAAAAGUCAAUGUAAAUCGAUAUAUAUUGGAGGAUUGUCAACUGACACGACAAGAAGUGAUGUCCACACUGUUGUCAGACAAUUUGGACCAGUUCAUACUCACGACGUUCAGCUCAAAACUUAUGAUGAGGAUGGAUAUUGUUGUGGAUUUGUGCAUUUUCAAGAUGCAAUUUCUGCUCAAAAUGCGGUUAAGACUCGUCAUAUCAUUAUAAAGGGGAGGGAAGCCUACAUAAAAUUUAAGAGAAUUAACAAAGAUCGUGGUGGGAGGGCAAAGUCUCCAUCUGGUGGAUUUUCACAACGGUGAGCAGUAUAGGAGCGGUUCUGAGUCGCGAAGUCAGCCUCAAAUUUCUGAUAAACAUAGAAGGUUACCAACAGUAGAACUACAAGAGGAGGGAUCAAAGAGGUGGUGUCAAUAAUGGUGACACCAACUAUAAUUAGUGUUGUAGCCUUGUUUUAGGCUUAAAUUGUAUCAACUGUUUUUCUGGUUUCACGUCUACAAGUUGAAGGUACAAUAUUUUAUUUUUGGAUAGUUUUAAAAAAUAUAAUACAUCACUUUCAUUACCAUUAUGUAUAAGGGACUACAAAAGGGCUUUUGUAGUCCUCACAAAAAUUUUCCA